AUCUUGAACCACUUUCACUCCACACAAUUACAAGCCAUGCGCGCGUGAUGGGGACAGCAUUUAUGUCAUUUUACCCCUGCGCGUGGCUCGCAUUCUACUUUUUUUGAAAUCAUUGCAGGUCAAAAGGACGGCCAAAGAGGCAAAGACCGCCAUCUCUCCACUUAUGUACGAAGAAACACUUGGGUCCCGCCAGUCGCCCGGUCCUCCACCUCUAUUCCGGUGAACAACACGCGCUGCGAUUACCUCUUCACACCCCGGGUUUUUGCUUUCAAAGUUUUAAACAUCAUCAUUUCUCUCUAUAAUCUACUGCUAGUUAAAAAAAAAAAAAAAUCAACCGCCAUUCUCUCUCCAUUACUGCUUCUCUUAAAAAAGCUUAUAUCUCAGUCUUAAUCUCUUUGAUUUUCUAUUUAUAUAUUUAUAUGCACAUAUAGCUUUGAUUAUACUGUACGACCGGCAAGGUUUUCUUUUGGAAUUCUGAAUAGAAGAAGAUGAAUGUGGUAGGGAGACAGACGUCGAGAUCCAAUUCGACAGUUCAUCACCAGCGUCAGUACUCCGAUAACUUCCUUGACAAUAGCAGAUGGUUCCAAUCAUCUUCCCAGGACUUCGGGUACGGUUCGAGGAUGAACCGGAGCAUGAUGUCAAUGGACACGUCAACGCCUUCUGUUUGUUCGCGAUCAUCGAGUUUAAGGAAGAAUGCCGAUGAUUACGUGUUACCGAGUGAAUUUAGCCCUGGCUUACUCGAUCUUCAUUCUUUCGAUACUGAGCUUUUGUCGGAGGUCCCUGUUUCCAGCCUCUAUGAAGGAUACUCGCAUAAUCAGCAAGCUGCUCGUGGUAAAAGUUUUGAUGACUCUGAACCUUAUAACAUUGCAGCCAACAAAUUGACAACCAGGUCACGAGGUUUGCCUGAGAGUAACAUUCUUAAAAGCUUCUCAGCAGACAAAGAAAGAGCUAAUACUGUUGCGAAAAUUAAAGUUGUGGUUCGCAAGAGGCCAUUAAACAGAAAGGAAAUAGCAAAGAAAGAGGAAGAUAUCAUUACCAUAGAGCCACAUUCCAAUUUUCUCACAGUUCAUGAAACUAAACUCAAAGUUGACCUAACAGAAUAUGUUGAGAAGCAUGAAUUUGUUUUUGAUGCGGUGCUGAAUGAAGGUGUUUCAAAUGAAAAAGUGUACUCAGAGACCGUGGAGCCUGUAGUUCCUCUAAUUUUCCAUAAAACCAAAGCAACCUGCUUUGCAUAUGGGCAAACAGGGAGCGGAAAGACUUAUACCAUGCAACCACUGCCCCUCAAAGCAUCCCAAGAUAUAUUAAGAUUGAUGCACCACACAUAUAGGAAUCAAGGUUUUCAAUUGUUUGUCAGCUUUUUUGAGAUAUAUGGAGGGAAGCUCUUUGAUCUCCUCAAUGAUCGGAAAAAACUUUGCAUGAGGGAGGAUGGGAAACAACAAGUAUGCAUUGUGGGUUUGCAGGAAUACAGAGUUUCUGAUGUUGAGGUAAUCAGGGAGUUCAUUGAGAAAGGAAAUGCCACUAGAAGCACUGGUACAACUGGUGCUAAUGAGGAAUCCUCCCGAUCACAUGCUAUACUUCAGCUUGCCAUCAAGAGAUCAGUGGAUGGCUCUGAAACAAAGCCUGCCCGACUUGUAGGGAAAUUGUCUUUUAUAGAUCUGGCUGGAAGUGAGCGCGGUGCGGAUACUACUGAUAAUGAUAAACAGACAAGAAUGGAAGGUGCUGAAAUCAAUAAGAGCUUGCUGGCUUUGAAAGAAUGCAUUAGAGCUCUUGACAAUGAUCAAGGUCAUAUUCCCUUUAGAGGGAGCAAGCUGACUGAAGUUUUAAGAGAUUCAUUUGUUGGUGACUCACGCACUGUAAUGAUAUCUUGUAUUUCACCGAGUUCAGGAUCAUGUGAACACACUCUCAAUACACUAAGAUAUGCUGAUAGGGUGAAGAGUCUUUCUAAAGGGAGCAUUUCUAAACGGGAUCCAAUGUCUUCUUCUUCAAAUGUUAGAGACUCAAUUGCAUUGCCUUCAGUUUCACCUAAUGAAGCAACAUUUGACAAUAAUAUCACAGAUGUUCCAAAUGAAAGGAACAGGUUUGGAUGGGCAAAACAGAUUGAAAGAGAAACAUCUCCCCCUUUUAAUGUGGAUCGCAUACCAAGUGGCAGGGGAGAGGGCCAGGGCCAUUUGCCUGGGUAUUUAGAUUAUCACAAGCGCCAGAUAGGUGGUCAAAUUGGCAUUGCUGAUGAUGAUUCUGAUUACACUCAUGACGAUUAUGAGCAAGAAAAGCCAUCAGGUAUAAACAAUAAAAAAUUAGAAACCUACAAAGUUUCAGGUUUUGAGGAUAAGCAAACUGCUGCUCAAGCAAAAUGGAGAGAAGUUCCAGAUGUUAAAUUGAACAAUUCACAUUCAGAUGAUGAUCUUAAUGCCCUGUUGAAGGAAGAAGAGGAUCUCGUGUCUGCCCACCGUAAACAAGUGGAGGAGACUAUAGACAUUGUUAGGGAGGAGAUGAACUUGCUAGUUGAAGCUGACCAACCAGGCAAUCAACUGGAUAAUUAUAUUUCUAAGUUGAAUGCUAUUCUUUCACAGAAGGCUGCAGGAAUUCUACAGCUACAGACUCGUCUGGCUCAAUUUCAAAGGCGUCUGAAUGAGCAUAAUGUUUUGAUAUCCUCAUAUGGGGGUUGAUACGAUGGCUCAAAUUCUUCACUAAGGGGGAUUUAGUUUUGUAUUCAAAUUCUUCAUUGAUGGUGGAUCGGUUUAACUGCAUUGUAACUAAAUCUGGUUGCAGGGAUAUAAUGUUUGGUGGGGUGGGUGGUUUGAGGUGUCUUUACCUAAUUAUCAAGUCAGUAGCCAUUCUGACUCCUGUCUUCUUAUAAGCUUAUUUUUGUAAAACCUGUGAGGCCUGUAGUCCAGUUUAUGAAGAGAUUCUGUUUCGAGUUCCUAAGGUAUGACAUGAUUGCCGGUUAUUGUUGGCAAUAUAAUGUAUUGACAUUUUGACAGUGAAAUUAUCCUGGUUUGGUUGCCAUUUUAAAAUAUAAAAGCUAUAACUGCUGCUGGUUAUUUUAUG